AUGGACGGCUGUGAUCCAGUAGCAACCCCGGCGGACCACAACCAAAAGCUGACAAAGCAGAUGAGUCCUGGCAGCGAGGAAGAACGUAAGCAGAUGCAGAAUGUUCCGUUCCGUGAGCUUGUAGGAGGUCUCCAGUUCCUGGCGCAAGGCACGCGUCCGGACAUUAGCUUUGCCGUGAAUGCAGUCAGCCAGUUCUGUAGCGAUCCGGGCAAACCCCACUGGACAGCUGCAAAGCGCAUUUUGCGGUAUCUGAAAGGGACGAAGGAUAUGAAGAUUAUCUAUAGCAAGCAGGCAGAUGAGCGUUUUGCUGGCUUCAGUGAUGCGGACUGGGGUAACGACGUCGAGACGCGACGGUCUAUCACUGGAUAUGUUUUCAUGAAGUCCGGCGGACCGAUUUCGUGGAAUUGUCGACGACAGUCUACAGUGGCCUUGUCAACGACGGAAGCCGAAUACAUGGCGAUAUCGGCAGCAGCACAAGAAGCAAUCUGGUGGCGCGGACUACGACAGGAGUUAUCUGGAGUGGCCGAGAAGAUCACCAUCUUUUGCGACAACAAGAGCGCGAUCCACCUUGCUGAGCGAGAAGUCGCUAGAAGAAGAAACGACUGGGUUGAAACUCUGCCGUCGAGGUGA